AUGCCGGCAUAUCAAAAAUAUAAGAAGUUGGGUGAAGUGGACAUUACAGAUUUUAAUAAUGAUGAAUGUAAUAAAUUAGAAGAUAGUGAUGACGGGGAUAAAAGACUUUGUAAUCAGGUAAUGAAAAACUUAUCAAUAUUAAAAGAUAAACAGGGUAAAGAACAAAAAGAUGGCUGUUUUUACUUUCAGAACUGGCUCCACGAUCAGAUAAAGGGAAAAUAUUAUAAUGGAAAAGUUCAAAGCAGUAAAUAUUCUAUUGCUAAUAGACUUUUUGAUUUUGUAGCAGAAGAUAUCUUAUUAAAUGGUAUCAGUGAAGCUUGUAAAGGAAAUAGUUUUGGUAAUCCAGAAACCUGGAAAAAAGAGAAAGAUUUACAUGAUUAUUUUGAAAAUUUUGAAAACAUUAAAUGCAAGGAUUCUGAUAGAGAUGAGUGCGAAAAAUACGUGAAAUAUGUUACGUAUAUUCAGCCUAUGUAUGAAGGAAAAACUGAUGAAUGGUGUUAUGAAGGAGAAUUAGAUCCAUUAUGUAACCUACCUAUUAAAUGUGAUGAUAAGUACGAUACUAAAGGAUUAGUAGCUGAAUUAAAAAAAACUUCAACAUCUUUGGAUAUUCCAUCAAGAGAUAGCCAUGAACAGGCUUUUAAUGCUGCAACAACUUACAAUUCAGGCAUUAGUAGCGAUGCAGGACAUGAAUCCCUGGCAGUUGUUCCUAGUACUUUGGAAAGAGUAUCUGAUAAGGUGGACUCAAACUUUAUUCGUAACAUCAUCAUGGCUGUAGCUGUCCUUGGGACAAUCUUCUAUCUUUUCUACAACAGCAGGUCCUCUCGAUUAGAACCAAGUUCUCGCAAAAGAAAACAAAAAAAAUUAUUUGAACAUAAUUACUACGAAGAGUAUGAAAAAGAGGCAGGAAUGUAUGAUUCAGAGGAAACGUUUUUAGAUUCAGAAAUGGAUCGAUUAUAUUUAAAUUAUCAUCCUGAUCAAGACUAUAAUUACUAA